CCCAAGCAACGAACAUACUCCAGGCUACAUCUUCAACUUCGAUCUCCCACGUCUGACCGAAGAAAAUCUUCGGUUGUUGCAGGAACAGAUCGGACAGAUCGAAAAAGAAAAAGAAAAAGCACGAGCGGCUGCGCCUGCGCCUGUUCCCACCCCCUCACCACCAUCAAAAAAAGCAAAGACACUAUGAGCGCACUCGACGACCCGACGGGCGAGUACGCCUUUUUGGCGAAGCUCGUCCAGCAUAUGGACCGACACCUCGUUUUCCCCUUACUUGAGCAUCAGUUGAACUCGGAAAACAUCACGCAAGAACGGUACGACGACCUCAAACUGGCCAUCUUCAACCUCUUGAAAAACACAAACAUGAUCGACUACGUCGGCACUCUGUACAAGGAAAUCUACAAGACGGAGAAUGUGCCGGCCGAGUAUGCGAAGAAGCGAGAAGAAGUUCUAAAGAAACUGGCCACGUUCGAAGAAGAAACCGCACACCUUACCAACCUCCUCAACGACGAGGCCGUGACAUCUCAACUGCGCAGCGACAAGGUAGCCAACUUGAAAUUUUUGGAGGAGCAACAUGGCGUCACGCCGCAGAUGGUCGACAAGCUGUACGAGUUUGGCCGAUUCCGAUAUGAGUGCGGCCUGUACCCGGAGGCGGCUGAUCUGCUGUACCGUUUCCGCGUGCUGUCCACGGACAACGACAAAGUCGUCAAAGCGACGUGGGGUAAGCUGGUUUGUGAGAUUCUAGGCGAGGAGUGGGAGAGCGCGUUGGAAGAGGUCGAGAAGGUCAAGGAGCAUAUUGAGACGCGGCUGUUUAACAACCCGCGCGCGCAACUCACGGCUCGUGAAUCCCUCGUCCACUAUGCCCUGUUCCCUUACUUCAACUAUGAACCCGCUCGCGAAAAGCUCACCGAUUUGUAUUUUUCGGCUCCGUACAUCAGCACCAUCCAGACCGUCUGCCCGUGGAUCUUGCGCUACUUGGCUGCCGCCGUCAUCACCAACCGUACCCGGCUGAGCAACUCGUACAACUACCAGAAACAACUCAAGGACCUGGUCCGUGUCGUCAAGCAGGAAGUUUAUGAAUAUCAAGACCCGAUCACUGAGUUCGUCAAGGCCCUCUACAUCGACUUUGACUUUGAGGGUGCCCAGAAGAAACUGUCCGAAGCCGAGGGCAUCCUCCGGGGCGAUUUCUUCCUCGGAUCGUCCACCGAUGCGUUUAUGGAGGCUGCCCGACACCUGAUUUCGGAAAGCUAUUGCAAGAUCCACCAGAGAAUUGACAUCAAGGACCUCUCGACCCGUCUUGGCCUAUCUGAGAGCGAAGGUGAGAAAUGGAUUGUCAACCUGAUCCGCGACACCAGAGUCGACGCCAAGAUCGAUUACCAGGCCGGCACAGUCGUCAUGAACCAUCCGCCUCAAAGCGUGUAUCAGCAAGUCAUUGAGAAGACUAAGGGCGCUUUCUUCCGCACCCAGGUGCUCAGUGCCGCUGUUGCAAAAUGAGCUGCCCAAAGCAGAGCAGAACGGCACAGGCAGCGUGGGAAAGGAUGAGAAAAGGAUCCUAAGCAGCCUCAUCACAAGAAUUCGGACGAAUUCCUCCAAAGACGGGGCGUUCGGUCCAAUUGUUUCUUUGCACAGCUGGCUACCACAACGAUUGUGAAUGGCGAAUGGCUUUGUUCCACUGAAGGUGUUUUUAUUUCUUGCGGGCAAAAAUCGAAGAUGGACCAGGAGUUUGCUGAGCCAGAAUGCAUGGCUGUUUUCGGAGAAUGCUGCACAGCAAGGUAUUGAAUGGAUUCUCAAAAGUACUAAGAAUGAAGUCCGGUGUGCUCCGAGAAAAAGAUGAAAGGGACGAAGUCGAGUCGCUGGUUGAGCGAAGCUGAGCUGCGCCUGGAGUUUGAAGCAUGCAGAAAGGAGCUACCGAAGUGAAGGGCUGGUCCAUGUAUGAAAGAAACGGCAGCACGAUGCCACGAAGGAACAGAACAGAGACGAGAGAGUCGAGCUGCUAGAGCUUUGCAACCGUGUGGCAUGAUACCCGUGAGCUUGCACCAAGUGAGGGAAAUCCCAACCGAGCUUGAAACAACCCGAUUCUCCCAUUUGCAUAGUCUACUCGUUUGUCUGCGGUACAUCGUAGGAAGACAGUCUAGCUGGCCCGAAUAAUGAGCACCGUUAUCCAACACCUGGGACUUGGUCAUGACCCCCAGCUCAAGAAGAGACAUCAUCAGUAGCUGCACCCGAAGCGAUCAAUAAUCUCUGCUUCCGUUCGUACAAGUCCCACUCCUUUCAUUUGGUGGCGGCCUCAUAUCUUGCCGAAGGCAUAUACAGUACUGUACAUCAUACGCUUCAUUAACGUACUGGUUUAGUUCUCAUCUCUUUCAUUUCUUUUAUUUCUUCCCAUUCCCAUUACUCUUACCAUCCUUGCCAUCCUCACCCUCUCUAGCCUUCGCAUUAGCUUUAAUCUGCUCCUCCGCAAGCAACCCCCUAACCUCAUUCUCCGCCAUCCACUCCCUCACGCUCUCCAUGAUCCUCUCAAGCGCAACAUCACCCGCGAGGACCCCAUCAAGAUCCGAAGACUCAGCCCCCGAUCGAUGAUCAGUAACCCUAUUCUGGGAAUAAUUAUAAGUCCGCACUUUAUCCUCCCUACCGGACUUCGCCACACCACCCAUAACAGACCGUCUGAGAGCAGUGACCUCGGCAUCCCGCUGCUCCCGCCUUAACUGGGCAAUCUUGGCCCUGAGCAACUGCCACGCUUUAUCACGGUUCUUAUGCUGCGACCUCGAAUCCUGCAUGGCAACCACAAUCCCCGUGGGGAUAUGCGUCAACCGGACCGCCGAAUCUGUUUUGUUUACAUGUUGGCCUCCCGCGCCGCGCGCCCGCAUCGUUUCGGACCGCACAUCCUGCGGCGCAAUAUAAUAGUCUGAAUUGGGAUCUUCGUAAUCCAAUUCGGAUUCUGGUGAACUGGUAUCGGGCAGAUUGGGCAAUACCAGAACCGAAACCGCCGAAGUGUGUGUUCGGCCCUUUUUUUCGGUUGCGGGAACCCGUUGGACCCGGUGAACGCCCGCCUCACUGCGGAGCAUCUCGUAGCUUCCUGGCUGCUCGACUUCGAGAAGUGCUUCGGUCAAAGCUUUGUCGGAGACAGAGUCGUCGGGUGUAUAUGAUGUCAACUGGGUGGGCCAUUUCUUCCGCGCGCACAUGCCUCUGUACAUUUCGAGAAGGGUGUGUGCGAAGAGUGAGGCUUCGCUGCCGCCGGCCCCGGGGUGGAUUUCUAUCAUGCAUCCCAAGUUCGCGAAUGGGUGUGGUGGGAUAAGGGAUUUUUUGAGUGCCGCCGUGAGAGAGGGGAGUUGGGAAAGUGUGCUUUCAAUGUCGGAGCGGGCUAGGCUAAGGAUUUCGGCGUCCGAGGAUGGGUCGUCGAGAAGGGACUGGAGUUCGGAGAGGGACUAUAGAACAAAGGGUUAGAAUUUCAAUGGAUCAGAUUUGGGAGGAUAAGGUCAAACAUACAUUCUGUGCAUCCUCCCACUCUUUCA